AUGGAGCGCAGGGUCACCCUGCAUCCGUCAUACUUUGGUCGCAACAUGCACGACCUGGUCACGAGCAAGCUCCUCAAGGACGUUGAGGGCACAUGCGCUGGCAGCUACUACAUCAUCUCUAUCAUGGACACCUUUGACAUCUCCGAGGGCAAGAUCCUGCCUAGCAACGGCCUCGCUGAGUUCACGGUCGGCUAUCGCGCCGUCGUCUGGCGGCCAUUCAAGGGCGAGACUGUCGAUGCCGUUGUCUACUCCAUCAACCCCCAGGGCUUCUUCGCCCAGGCGGGUCCGUUGCGACUCUUUGUGUCGGCACACUUGAUUCCUAGCGACAUCAAAUGGGAUCCCAACGCGACGCCCCCCCAGUUCACAAAUAACGAAGACACCGUCAUCGAGCCCAGCACACAUGUACGAGUCAAGAUUAUCGGAACGAGAACCGAAGUCGGCGAGAUGUGGGCGAUUGGCAGCAUCAAGGAAGACUACCUGGGAUGCCUCCAAGAUUAA